CUGGCCCGAGCGUCAUCAGACCCUCCCCCUGCGUGGCUACUGAGAGAAGUCUGCAUUCUAGCAAACACUCCCACUCAAGCACCGGAUUGCAAACACUGUGCAACGGUACUCCUCCUGUCUCCACAGGCAAGCUACGUUUUUACACCGGCUGCCUACUCCAGGCAUGGCUGACGGCUGUACCCAGUCAUGGCACUGCGACAUUACACCCUCGACUUCAACCUCUCGGCGCCAGCUGACUAUCCUUCAACUGUGCGUGGGCUACAGUCUAUAUUUCAAGAGCAGGAAAUGACAGAGACUGUCCAUGACACAGAGGGACAUGGAUACCUUGCUACUUUCAUUGGCAAAAAUGGCAGGUUUCUGAUACUGCGUGUGCACUCCCAUGGUUUGGUGACCCUGGAUCUGCAGUGUUGUGAAGGUGAUAACAUUGCCCAAGUAGACAAUCUUUUAAAUGCACUGGAAAAGAAGAUGAAAAGUCUCCUUCAUGGAAACAUUAGGAGGGUCAAAAGGCUCCCGGCCCUGACACGAGGUGCCGCUGUGGAUCGAUACUGGCCUACAGCCGAUGGCAGACUAGUGGAGUACGACAUCGACCGGGUUUUGUACGAUGAGGACUCUGCAUACCAGAACAUUAAGAUCUUGCACUCACAGCAGUUCGGCAAUAUUCUGAUCCUCAACGGGGAUGUCAACCUCGCAGACAGUGACUUGCCCUACACUCAGGCCAUCAUGGGCGGAGGAAAAGAGAACUAUGCCGGAAAGGAGGUGCUGAUCCUAGGAGGCGGUGACGGAGGGAUCCUCGCUGAGGCCGUCAAACUGAAGCCAAAGAUGAUCACCAUGGUGGAGAUUGACCAAAUGGUGAUUGAUGGGUGUAGGACGCACAUGAGGAAGACUUGUGGAACUGUUCUGGACAACCUGAAGGGAGACUGUUACCAGGUAUUGGUAGAGGACUGUGUUCCUGUUCUGAGGAAGUAUGUUGAGGAAGGAAAGACAUUUGAUUAUGUCAUCAAUGACCUCACGGCGGUCCCCAUCUCCACAGCACCAGAGGAGGACUCCACAUGGGAGUUCCUCCGUCUCAUCUUGGAUCUGUCAAUCAAAGUACUGCGUCCUACCGGGAAGUACUUCACCCAGGGAAACUGUGCAAAUCUGACCGAGGCACUAACUCUUUAUGAGGAGCAGCUUGGGAGGCUCUCGUGUCCUGUGGACUUCUCCAAGGAGGUGGUGUGUGUCCCGUCUUACAUGGAACUGUGGGUUUUCUACACCAUUUGGAAGAAGUAAAGAGACCUUUUUGUCCCCUUCAAGCCCUGCCUGCCGGAAUGUGAAAAUUGCCCCCCCCCCACCUGAUCCGUCGUCGCACUGAGGGGAGAUAUGACCCCCCAACUCCAAAUCUCUACUCACUGUCCAACUCUCUCUUAAACCCUUUUAUAUGUUGAUUUUAUCAUGUUAUGUCUAAACUUACAAGAGAUUGUAUUUUUGUUUAGUUGUUUUUGCAUGCGCCCUCCAGGGAGAGCUGUGAGGCUGCUGCCACUGGAUACACUGAAACCUACUGUAGAUGAUGACUCAGAACAGACUGUAGCCACCUCCCACACCUGUCCAGGUCGUACCCUUCUCAAUACUGUUGUCUGGUUGUGACGUGAAGCAAGGCAACACUACCAGUAGUCCUCUAACACAAAUGUGUCCAGGCUACUGUUUAAACACUCUUCAUGCACCUUCCCUUCCAGGUGGUAUUUUAGUUUUCCUAGUUGAGUUUUUAGCACCAAUAUACAAUUUGGGUUCUGAAGGUAUGAUAGAAUAUGUGCUCACCAUAGUUUCCAAUUGAAUGUCCGUCUUUGUCCAUCAUCUUUUGUAAUGGUCGCUUGUGUGAUUUUGAUUACUAGUGUUCUUGAAGAUGUUUGAAAAGGCAGUGUGACCCUGCCCAUUGAGGCUGAAGUGUCCCAGUGUGUUUUUAAAAGGGAAAAGGGUCAUCCUUUGUGGCAGUUUCUUGCUUCUACUGCUUUAAUGUGAAAAUUUGAUUUUAUGGCUUUUGCGCCUUUAGUUUCUGUUUAUGGAUCUUAUUUUUACAUAUUCAGUUUAGAAUUUUUCUAUUACUUUGGUGCAUGUGCUGGAAAAUGAAAGGUUUUUAUUGAAUGUAGCUUCCCAUAUUCGCAGUGCACAUUCAUGCCUUUGAUCAAUAUUAUGGUGCUUUGUUAAAUUUAUUUAUUUGAUAUUAUUUCACCAAAUGCUGUUUUAUCCCACUUGAAAAAAUAUUUUGUUCGGCAUUGACUACCUGCUAUUAAAGUGAGUUGGAGACAAA